GAAAAUAGUUUGAAAUUUUCCAAGAAAAGUUUUAUUUAAGUUUUUCACAAUGGAAACUGUAGCUCUCGACUUAAUUGAGCAAGCAAAAAGUACCCCCAGCUCGGAGGGAAACUUAGGCGAUCUAGAAGAUGAGGAGUGCUUCUUCCAAGAUAUCGCUCUGCUUCUGGAACACGGCGUUAGCAUCGAAGAUGUAAGACGGCUACAAGACGCCGGAAUUAACACCAUAAAAGGUGUACAAAUGGUAAUUCCGAAGAAGAUGCUCGAAAUUGAGGGACUCGACGUUAAGAAGAUCGAAAAGAUUAAAGAGGCCUGCACGAAGCUUUCGUUCGUUAACGGUUUUACGACCGCCUUAGACGUGGACCAACGCAAUCAAAUUUUUAAGUUAAGCACGGGAAGCAAGAAGUUUGACAAGUUACUCUAUGGUGGAAUCGAGUCCAUGGCAAUAACCGAGGUAUUCGGAGAGGCCGGCUGUGGGAAGACUCAGCUGUCGCACACGCUGUGUGUGACCGCACAAAUGUCCGGGCCCAACGGGUACAUGGGCGGCAAAGUGAUAUUUAUCGAUACUGAACGUACCUUUCGUACCGAUCGAUUACGUUCAAUAGCCGAACGUUUUCAUUUGGACGGAAAUACAGUUUUAGAAAAUAUUUUAUGCGCACGUGCCUAUACUAGCGAUCACCAGUACGACUUACUCAAGAGCGUUACGGGCAUGUUGCACAAAGAAGCCGGAGUUUUUAAGCUAUUAAUCGUCGAUUCCAUAAUAGCACAUUUCCGCGUAGAUUACUACGGACGAAAGGAAAUGGCCCACCGUCAGCACAAACUCGGCCAACUGAUGGCCUGCUUGCAAAAAAUCAGCGAGGAGUACAACAUCGCCGUUUUUAUUACCAAUCAAAUAACGUCCGAUCUUACCAAUUUAGAGCAAGGCGACGCUCAACGACCUGUCGGCGGGAACAUUUUGGCACAUGCCUCCACCUGUCGCAUUUCGCUUCAUAAAGAUGUCAACGAGAGACGAAUGGCUAAAGUGUACGACAGUCCGUACUUGGCUUCAAACGAAGUCUUAUUUACUAUAACGAAUGGAGGCAUUGAUGAUGUUGACUGAAAAAAUUUUUUCUUACGGUGUAGUUUUAAGUUUAAAUUAUUUCCUAAAUUAUAUGUGCGUUAAAUAGAUUUAUAAGUUACAGAAUAUAUAAUUUGUUCAAUUUUUGGAUUGUAACAUUGCAAUAUCUCUGAUUUUUUUUGUGUUGAGGAUGUAAGAAUAAUAUGGCCGUUUGCACCUAUAAAGCUCCACUUAAAUUUGCCCAAGCAAACGGUCAUAAAACUGCUAGGAGAGAAUUAAAAUUUAACUAAUAUAGGAAA